AUUUGCAAUGUGCAUUACAGAACGGCUCGGAUAGAGCUCGCAACAGACAAAAGAACUGGCUUAAGCGCUCUUUUGUAGAAAUAUUUUGAUCUAUUUCCCAAGGUUCUGUACUUUUUAGCUUUGUCGUAGCUUAUUUCAGCCUUUCGGGAUUCUUAUGUCGCAUUAAAUUUGAUUUUUUAUCUUGGGGCAGCCCCUUGUACUUGUGAAAGUGUGGUGACCUAGCAGAUAGCAGGCAUGUCCAUCAGGAAGAUUCUAGCUCGUCAAAUUUAUGACAGUCGCGGAAACCCUACGGUUGAGGUCGAUGUCUUCACCACUAAAGGAAUAUUUCGUUCAGCAGUGCCAAGCGGUGCUUCCACGGGAAUCUAUGAAGCGAAAGAGCUUCGAGAUGGAGAUAAAUCCUCACACCAUGGUCGAGGGGUCAACACAGCCAUUGACAACAUCAGGAAUGAGAUCGCUCCCAAAUUAAUCAGUUCGAAUAUCAGUAUUUUGAACCAAGCGGAAAUCGAUAAAUUUCUGUGCGAUCUCGAUGGAACAAAGGACAAAAGUCGGUUAGGAGCCAAUGCUAUUUUAGCUGUGUCGAUGGCCGUUGCAAAAGCCGCAGCUCAUGAAAAGAAAAUCCCCUUUUAUCGCUACGUUGGAGAACUGUGUGGUAAUCCGGGUGUGAUGUUACCAGUACCGGCCAUGAAUGUCAUCAACGGCGGCAAACAUUCUGGCAAUCGCCUCGCCAUACAAGAAUUUAUGAUAAUGCCAGUUGGCGCCACCAGUUUUCGAGAGGCAAUGAAAAUGGGAAGCGAAGUGUACCACCAUUUAAAAAUUAUUCUUGAGAAGAAGCACGGCAAAACAGCAACGAAUGUCGGAGAUGAAGGCGGUUUCGCACCCGACAUAGCUGACGGGAAGGAAGCUCUACAGCUGGUUAAAGAAGCCAUUGAAGCUGCGGGAUAUAACGGCCGUAUUAAAAUCGCCAUCGAUGCAGCGGCUUCAGAAUUCUGUGAAAAAGCUGACCAAGAUCGUAAGUAUAAUUUGGAUUUCAAAGCCGAAGACCAAUCAACUGCCAAAAAGUUAACAUCCAGUGAAUUAGCUGACCUUUACCGAAGCUAUAUGAACGAAUUCGAAAUUGUUUCGCUAGAAGAUCCCUUUGAGCAAGAUGAUUUCCCGGCAUGGGAACAGUUUAGUAGCUCUGUGCAGAUUCAAGUGGUCGGAGAUGACCUCACAGUUUCCAACACCGAGCGGAUUCAGCAAGCCAUCGAAAAGAAAUGCUGCAACUGUCUUCUGCUAAAGGUCAACCAGAUUGGCACUCUUUCCGAAGCCAUUGCUGCCGCUGUCUUAGCUCGAUCAAAUGAAUGGAGCAUUAUGGUAUCGCAUCGCAGCGGAGAAACCGAAGACGUAACGAUUUCCGACUUGUCCGUCGGUCUUGGAUGUGGCCAGAUUAAGACCGGUGCGCCGUGUCGAACAGAGCGCUGCUGCAAAUACAACCAGUUGCUGAGAAUCGAAGAAGAAUUGGGGGGUAAAGCUAAAUUUGCCGGAGAAAAUUUUCGCAAGCCAACAUAAUAAUAUUGUAAUGUAAUCGAAGCAGUUGCCGACGACUCCAAGAUUUCAUCACGGCAUAAAUGGUUACUGGUACAACCAGUUAUGCUGUUUAUGAAAGAGCAUAAAAUUAAUUGAAUGGAGUCAGUGAUUAUUUCCGUUCAAAGAAAUCUGUGAUAUAUAAUAAACCGUCUGUUUCGCGGACGUACAUGUAAGUAGUUGUUACUAGUUUUAUCAUGUACCAUGAUCCGGUUUUGGAAUACAUGCCGGCACCUUCAUCCGUCACAAAAUUAUGUUAUAUGUUCGAUUUUCGUAUUUUACAUACAUACUUAAACCCGGUGACGAAUAAACGGCACAUUCAGUGUUGUAAACUGUACCAAAUAUCGUUAAUUAAACAAAAUGUUUGCUUUUGGAA